UGCUAUAGAGAUUGCCAAUGGAUUGCUGAUGCCCGCUGAAAGGAACCUGCGCAUCUCUUCGUACGACCAGCUUGAGCAGUCCAUUCAACGGAGUAGUGGGAGCCAUCCCCAUCAGCAGCAACUGCAGCAGCAGCAGCAGCAGCAGCUGCUGCAUCACCACCGUCUGCUAGUUUAUCAAUCGGGUCUGUCUUCGUCUAUUCGCGAGAUCACGUCCUUCGUAGAUGGCUCGGGAUCUCAUCAGCACGAUGAGGGGCUAUUAAUAGUCGAUGGUUAUAGUUCUCUUAGCGGUAGUAAUCAGGAGGGAAGGAGAGAGACGUCAGAAUCCAUGGAGGCAGACAAUGCAGAGCCGGGGGAGGAGUUGGGAGGACAGAUCGGAGUGGGAGGGGAAGGGGGCGGAGGAGGAGAUGGAGGAGGAGGAGGAGGAGGAGGAGGAGGAGGAGGAGGAGAGGGAGGAGGAGGGGGUGGAACAGACUGCCCACUUUCCCCAUGUGCAGCUAAGCAUGAGCAACCGGGUGGGCAAACGUGCUUGGAGCUAGAAUCAGGAGGAGAAGAGGGAGAAGAUGGUGGAUGUGGAGGAGGAGGAGGAGGAGGAGGAGGAGGAGGUGAAGGCGACGAGAUACCGACUCUGGAUUCUGCCGAGAUCAUGGAUCAAGCUGAGUCGAAUGCAAGCCCACGCAUGCUGGAGAACAGCAACGAGGUGGCGGGGGAUAUGUGUCACGCGCUUUUUGGUCAGAGGACGGGGAACUUGGAGGCCGGGGUAGGGAGAGGGGGGGAGGGGGGAGGGGAUCUCAGCGCAGUGGUGUCCAGAGGACACGUGGCAGCAGCAACGCAUUACACGUCAAGAACGACAUCAACGGCUGCUAUGCAAUUUCGCUGUCAAAGCGGAACAGAUCUCGAUCUCACUGUUGGGUCAGUCUUUCAAACUGGAAUGGAUGCUGGCGAUCCCUCGGAAAGUUUAAUGAUGACGGCAACCAGAAUGCGCGGCGGACAGCCACGUGGAGCAUUAGCGAUUGCAGGAGGAGGUGGUCUAGGAGCAGGGGUAGGAGGAGGGAGGGGGGGGGCAAGGGAAGCGGACGCAAUCGAAUCUUCCUUGGCGAUGGUGGGCAACUCCUCAGCCGCACACUCCCCGGGAUUUCAGGCGAUGUCGAUGUUCCAUCAUGCACCUCCACCCACGUCUCCCCCCCCUCCAGGAGUCCCCCUUUCAUCCUCUCAGCAGCAACAGCAGGUCUCCUUCUUCCCCUUCAACAUCACCAUACCUUAUCCUCCUAAUCCCCCAACAGGGAGUCAGAUCUUUAAGAGCUGCUCCACGAUGGCGGGAACAGCAUAUGGGACGCAUGCGGGAGUCGGGGGGGGGGCAGGGGGAGGGGGAGGAGGGGGAGCGGGAGGGGGAGGAGGAGUGGGAGCGGGAGGGGGGAGUCCAGGGGGAAUUCUGCUGAGCUCGUCAUCGCUGUUGACGGCAACAGCAGUCGAUCAUCUGCCGCCUAUAACUCUGGGGCAAACGUCCUCAAUGUUGACGGCAACAACAACAGGGAACUUUCUAUUCGGAGGCAUGGACAAUGGUGAUAUGGCAAGUAUGGCUGGGAGCAUGGGAGGAGGAGGAGGAGGGGGAGGAGGAGGAGGAGGAGGAGGAGGAGGAGGGGAGGCUAUUAGCUUAAUGGGUGUAGGAGGUUCUUGUUAUGGCUCAGGGUCCGGAUCGGUCCCAGAUAGACUGAUUCAUGAGAUCGCGACAGCCAGCGGGGCGAUUGCGGCAGCCUCUGCAGCGCUUGGAGCCACGUCAGCAGCCAUGGCGGCAGCAAAUCGAGGUUACAACAUCGGUGGAGUAGUCGGGGGAGCAGGAGGAUCAGGGAGCUGGUUAUUAGGCACUGACUGGAGUACUCCCAGGUUUGAUGGAGGAGUAGGAGGAGGAGGAUGCCCCAUCAGCCCCAAGCCGGAAAUGGGACAAUGUGCAGGCUGCCAGAUUGUCAGAAAGAUCAUCCACUCUAACGGAAUCCAAGACACCAAAUUGGAAAUUCACUCAUGUGACGAGCAGAGCUACCAUGCAGUUUUGCAGACAAGGUUUAGCGUGGAUGAUGGCUUUGCUGGUUCUAUAGAGCAACAGAUGGUGGAAUUUCCAAUGGGGAACACAGAGUACCUCAAGCAAUUCCUACUGCAGUACAGCUUGCUGAGGAGAAAAGAAGGUUUUGUGCCACGUUAUGACUCACUCUCAGCGAGCGAUCUUGUUUCAGAUCUGACAACCUCACAGCGGCUUUCCCGACCUGCUAAGCAAAUUGGCCUCUCCGACCUUCUUCAGACACCUAUGGUCAGCGGAAUAACGAUCACAGGCUCUGAUUUUGCAACAAAUGAUGGAAGCAUUGGCAGGGAAGGAUCUUGCUCAGCAGAGCUCCCAAGAGCAUCUAGCCUGGAGAGUGCAUGCACUACUGUUGCCAUGACACCCCCAGGGAGAACAGCAGGACCAUUGUCACAGUCCACAACGGCGAGUGGCCCUUCCAGCUCACCAUCCCCUAUGAAGAGUACAGCUGCUGCUCAGAGAGAGAAAACUGGUAAGCUGCGGAUGUCAGACCUGGCAAAGCACUUCCACCUUCCAAUCAAUGCUGCAGCGAAAGAACUUGGAAUCUGCCCAACUGUGCUGAAGAAGAUUUGCAGAAGAAACGGAAUGCGACGCUGGCCUCAUCGAAAGAGUGUGGAAAAUGGGCGGAAUGGCAGAAAUGGAAAAUGUGUCGAAUCGGAGAUGGGUUUAGAAAGGACGAAACAGGGCCAAGAGCGAUCGCACCGUUCUGAGUCGGAGGUCUGCAAUGGGUCACGGGGUCUGGGGGAGGUCUUCAAGUGUCUUGAUCGGCAGCAAGAAGGGGUCUUCGGAAGUCUUGGUCAGAUCGAUGAUGAAAGCAAGGCGAACUGCAAAGGUCUUGGUCAGGUCGAUGAUGGAAGCAAGGCGAACUGCAAAGGUCUUGGUCANGGUCUUGGUCAAGUCGAUGAUGGAAGCAAGGCGAACUGCAAAGGUCUUGGUCAGGUCGAUGAUGGAAGCAAGGCGAACUGCAAAGGUCUUGGUCAGCGGCAAGGGGGGUCUUCAAUGGUCUUUGUCAAGGAGAAACAAGAUGCUGAGUGUUGAUGCGUGGAAAGUCAAGAGGUCCAUGUUCGAUGGCUGUGGGCACGUC